AUGAAAAAAACCAAAGUCAUGUUCUUCCAAAAACUAUCAAAUAAACAACCCACACCAAAUUUUCAAAUUGAGAACAAAGUUCUCCAAGUGACUCAAGAAUACAACUACCUAGGACUUAGCCUCUCACCUAACGGAAAGUAUACUUUAGCAGUUAAACAACUUGCUGACAAAGCUCAUCGUGCCAUGAACUCCACAAGGAAAAAACUUGAUAUUUGCAGGCUACCCCCAAAUCUAGCAGUCAAAAUAUUUGAUAGCAUAAAUUCGCCUAUUCUUCUAUACAACUCCGAGGUGUGGGGCGCUUUUGCAAACCAUGACCUCAACAAAUGGGACCAAUCCCCAACUGAAAAAAUACACUCGAAAUUUUGUAAAAUUUACCUUGGUGUAAAUCGCAAAGCAACUAACAUAGCAAGCAGAGGUGAAAUGGGAAAAUUCUCACUACUGAUUGCUAUUCUCAAAAGACUUAUGAAAUACAUAGUACACAUCAACACCCUACCCGAUUAUACCAUUGUAAAGCAAGCGUUUCUUCUUUCUAAGGACUUGUUUCUAGACAACAAACCAAGUUUCUACUCCAAUGUAAUGCACUUAAUUAAAAAUUAUGCAAGUUCCACAGACGAACUCAAUGACUUAGAACUCACAACAAACUCACAUCUACGUCAAUACGUAGAAAACGCCAAAGUCAAAUACACCAACUUUCGGAAACAUAAAUUAAACAACAGUUCCAAACUAGAUUUCUACAAAAAAUUCAAAACCGACUACAAACUAGAAGAAUACCUUACAAACACAAAAAACCAACCACAAAGAAGAGCACUUAGCCAAUUCCGCAUAAGUUGCCAUAAACUUAAUGUUGAAUGUGGCCGUUACCACAAUGUGCCUCGUGAGCAACGGCUGUGCGAGUUUUGUGACAUGGGUGAAGUUGAAGACGAAUGUCAUUUUGCCCUAUUUUGCAAAUAUUACACAAAUGAUAGAAAAAUUUUAAAUGAAAAACUGCGAUUAGAAUUUACGACAAAACUAGACUGUCAUGAUGAUCUUCAAUCCAUCAUGUCAUCUAGUGACCCAAAACUGUUAAAUGUAUUUUCGAAUACAUCCUGA